UCCGCGCAAUCAGGGCAGUUUGUGAUGUGAAGUAUCCCGGAUAUUUACCUUCCACUACCUGGAUCCUCUCCUCGGACUCCGCGGCCCGUCCCGGGUUGGCCCCGGCACUCAUUCCCAUGUGUGCGGUUCGUCUCUGAAGCGGGACGGCGGAGGUCCCCCUCUGUGUGACCAACCAAGGGCUAGCGUGGUUACCGCGGUAACAGACAUGCCAAAACCAGACCUGCUCUGCCUAGUUCAGCUGCUGGACGGCACCAUCGAGACCUUCCAUGUAAAUAAACAGGAUGAAGGUUUGGUUCUUUUGGACUUAGUGUCCGACCACCUGGGCCUGCAGGAAAGGCAGCUCUUCAGUCUGCAGAUCAGAGAGUCCAACACCGCCAUCUCCUCACUCACAGCCAACACACACUCGCCUAGAUGGUUGGAGCCUGAAAAACCCUUGAAGAAGCAGAUAAAAGGUCUUGCAUGUCCAUUUUAUCUAAACUUCCGAGUGCGCUUCUUCAUUUCCGAUCCCAACUCUCUUCAACAUGAACAGACAAGGAAUCUUUACUUCCUCCAGAUCAGGACUGACAUAAAAGAAGGCAGGUUGCAGUGCCCGCUCAGUUCAGCUGUCGUGUUGGCCUCUUAUGCCGUGCAGUCCGAACUGGGGGAUCACUGUCCAUCCCAGGAAAGCGGUUACUUGUCAAAGUGCCACUUCAUCCCUGAGCAGGAAGAAAACUUUAUAUCCAAAGUGGAGGACCUGCACCCAAAGCACAAGGGUCUAAAAAAAUGUGAGGCAGAGCUAUGUUUCCUUAAUACAGCACGAACAUUAGAGCUAUAUGGAGUGGAGCUGCACGCCGCCCUGGACACUAACAAUGCCCCUCUCAUGGUGGGCUUGGCAUCAAGUGGUGUUGCAAUAUUUUGUAAUAUGAUUUGCUCCAGUUUCUUCCCCUGGGCCAACAUUAUCAAGAUUUCAUUUAAGAGGAAGCGCUUCUUUAUACACCUCAAACGUAAACAUGGGGAGACCCAGGACUGUGUGGUGCCUCUAGUUCUACCGUGUCCAAAGACCUGUAAGAACCUUUGGCGCUCCUGUGUUGAUCACCACUCAUUCUUCAGCUGCAACCGCACCUCCAGGAGCCCCAAACAUAACAAUAGCACAGUUCAUUCUUAUAGGAAGUUGAUAACUCACCACCUGGGCCUGACUAACAACAAAAAUGAAAGGGGGCCAGUCUGUCAACGAGUAGUUGGUGGGAUGGUGUGGAACCCAGUGUUACGGCGGUCUAUUUCAUCAGAAUAUUUGGAGACAAAGAGUCUACCGUCUAGAUCACCUCCCAGCACUCCCAACUGGCGCAGUCCUCGUGUUCGCCAUGGCAUCCGCAAAGGGCGCCCAUCGUCCAUGGAGCUGGGCAGUGAGCUAAAGGACAUGUCUGAAGGAGAAGAUGUCUUCUACACGUACAGAGCGUCUGUCAGCAGCAGCAAGGACAGCGAAGGGGACAAUUCGCUGCAUCAGUUGAAUGAGAUCUUAUUGCAAGCUGAUGACGGCAUAACAGAAGAGGAUGGGGUCAGCAGCUCCAUCAACAAUAAGCAGGCCCUCAAUGACGGCGACCUGCUGCUGAUUCGUAUUGCUCCCGAUCACGAGGGCAAGUUUGGCUUUAAUGUUAAAGGUGGGGUGGAUCAAAAGAUGCCUCUUGCCAUAUCCCACGUUAAACCUGACUCUCCGGCCGGUCGAUGUGAGCCCAAACUGCUUGAGGGAGACCAGGUGGUGCUCAUCAAUGGUCGAGACAUUUCUGAACACACGCACGACCAGGUGGUCAUGUUCAUACGGGCCAGUAGAGAGUCGCACUCCCGAGAGUUGGCCCUUCUUAUAAAACGCAAAGGUACUGGCCGAGCGGCGGCUCUGCUAUUGCUGCCCCCGGCCCUCACCCUCACCAGUCAGUCCCAAGGGGAAUCGCAGAAGUCCCCCGGCCAAUCGGAGCGGGUCACCACGCUGGAUGAAUCCAUGCGACAGAUGGAGAAAGGAAUUCAGUCAGGAACUCUGUGCUUCCACUUUGAGAAUUUAUACAGGAGGAAGCCCGGACUGUCGCUAAGCUGCGCUCGGCUUCCCAAGAACAUGGACAAGAAUCGUUAUAGGGACAUUUUACCCUAUGACACGACCAGAGUCGUCCUCCAAGGCCAAGAGGACUACGUCAAUGCCAGUCAUAUCACUAUGUUGCCUCCUGUGUCUGGAGUGUGUUUACGUUAUGUUGCCGCUCAAGGUCCGCUGCCACAGACCUGCGGGCACUUUUGGCAAACCGUUUGGGAGCAGCAGUCACACACCAUUGUCAUGCUUACAACUCUGACGGAGCGGGGAAGGACCAAGUGCCACCAAUACUGGCCCCAUCCGCCGGAAGUGAAGGAUUAUGGACACAUGCGGGUGAAGUGUCACUCGGAGGAGUGCAACCUGGCUUACGUGACACGGCAGUUCACCCUAACACACACUCAGCUGGGUGAAGAGCGUGCAGUCACACACCUUCAAUACGUGGCGUGGCCCGACCACGGUGUACCCGACGACCCUUCUGACUUCCUGCUGUUCGUCACUUCAGCCAGGGAGAGGAGACGAGCCGAAGAGCCUCUAAUGGUUCACUGCAGUGCGGGGAUUGGUCGGACAGGUGUUCUAAUCACCAUGGAAACUGGGCUGACGCUGCUGGAUCAGGGGCUGCCGGUGUUCCCGCUGGACAUUGUCAAAACACUGAGAGAUCAGCGGGCCAUGAUGAUUCAGACCACGUGUCAGUUCCAGUUUGUGUGCGAGGCCAUUCUGCGAGUAUACAAGGAGAAGCAAGGGGGAUCUACGGCCCCGUAGCCCAAAUCAGAAACAGCACCAGAGGAAAUUGAGCCUCAUAACUUCCACUCGAGCGACUCCCACCGAGGGGCUGACGAGCACCGCAAGAGAUUAACCUCUGUUGUGCCUGCGGGGUUGCUCCACGGUCUGGAUGAAAAUUGCUGUAUCUAGCAUCCAAGUACAACUGGAUGGGAGCUAUGUAGCCAAGAUCAAAUAGGACACUUUGAAUCUUACACUCAUCUGCCUUACGUUCUGCCGAGCUUGGUUCACACCAAUCUUGAAUGAGGUACAUAAAAGCUGCUAAGCUCAGGAAUAAGCCUUGUUUGCAAGUGAUGGAAGAAAGCAGCGUGAUUGUAAAGUGUAGUUUAUGUGCGUGUCUUACAGUAGAAGAGCAGGAGUCGGAAAAUUCUGUGUUGGGUACUGUGGUGUUCCUGCCACUUUUCACUUAAAUUAUUCUCACAAUGAAAUAAAUACUGAUUUCUAUGACUUUAUUCUGGUUUUUUAGGGUUCUUAAAGUUGGUUACGCAGCUACUUUUUAAGUUUAAAUGCACAUAUUCACGACACAAUAUUAUUAUUAUUUUUUAAAUCAUCCCAAAAAAUGUCAACAAUGUCAAAAAAGAAAUCAAAAUGAUUUUAAUUUUAAAUUGUUUAACUGUCCUUCUGCAAAGUAUUUAGAAAUAUUUAAUAAGUCUCUAUAAUUAUAUCAAUGACAUCAGAUUGACCUGCAUAUCGAUAAGAUGCUUACAGAUACAUUUAUUAUGACAACAAAGUAGCAUGGCAAGCCUAAGUGUUCAUCAAAAAUUAGACUGAGGUCUAAUUCCUAAAAAUAUCAUGUACGCCCUUGUAACAUUACCUAUUCUGAACAUAAACAGCACAGGAAUAAAGGACAACAUAAUGCAAAAAAUAUGUAAACUGAUUUCAUUAAAAUAUACUGCACAUCAAAAUUUAAUAAAAUAUUUAAAGGUUUAGAACAUUAAAUGCAUAUAUUCACACAAAGAAAACUAAGUUCCAGCUGUACUAAUAGGACGACACUUUACUAAUUUUUGCGUUUUUCUAGAAUGUUAAAUGGCAGAGACCUGGAUGCACAAUACAGUUGAAGGGGCCUUUUCCGUACUCUACUGUAUUGGACAAUAUUGCUUUCCACUGCUGAAGAAAUCAUUUUAAAAAGGGAUUUUAAAAAAAAUGUGUGUAGAGACCCCAUUCACCCAAUCCAGAAUGUUAACUUCACCUUCAAAAUCAGACAUUAGCAUCUGUUUAGUGCAACUACCCCCAUCGAGCCCCAACAGACUGUCAUGAUAACGUUUUAUCAUCUAAGAGGAACCCAUAAUAAUAUGCCUUAUGGCUGCAAAGACUUGUGACUGCGCAUUUGUUAAUGUUCAUUUGGGGUCUCAUUUAGAUUUUAAUGUUAUGGUUGAUUUACAGAGGCUAUUUACUCUUUCAGGCUUAAGUUUUUUUUAACCAUAGGUAAUUGUGAAAUUCAUAUCCUCAACUACAUGACUGAUGUUUAGUACCUGAUAUUAGUGCGUUGUCCACACACACACACAAAUGUGUGUACGCACACAUUUGUGUGUGUACACAAAAUAAGGCUUGAGGUAUUUAUCCCGAGAGUAGAGGUGCACGCUAAUUAUCGGUCCGAUAAUUAUCGGUCCGACAAUAGGAAUUAUGACGUCAUCCCAGUAUAUCCGAUAACAUUAUAUAUUAUCGGCCCUAUUAAUAAUAUUUUUGGCACAGUGUCGGAUUGUGAUGUGUGCGUUUGUUUCCACUCCUGAUUUUCCAGUAUGCAAAGUUUUGUUACUGUCUUUGUUUUGUUCAUUAUAAUAAUGUUCAUGUCAUCAUGAAAAUUUCUGGUUCGGUCAAAGGCAAAUCUAUGCUGAAUCAACCACUAGUAUUUUUGACCUACAGGUGUUCAAAAACUCAGGUGAAUAUACAUUGAAAACUUAUAUACAUAUUAUCGGUCAUCGUAUCGGUAUCGGCCUUGAGGAGCAGGAAGUUAUCGAUAUCGGUAUCGGUUUCAAAAAAUGGGUAUCGUGCACCCCUACCCGAGAGUAAUCUAUUUUAAAAGAAACGCAGAAGUCGCACUUUAUGAUAUAUUUGAUGUCUUGGGGAAAACGACUACUUCACAAAAAAUAAGAUUAUUGUAGAAAAACAUAAUUUGUUUUCGAUGACAUUCACACGGUUAUGAUAAUGUGUCCGUCUAAGCAAUAAAAAGCUGGAAAACAACCUUAAAUAUUUUUACAUUUUUUUUCUUUUCAUUAAAAAAAAACUACCCUGUGAUUGGCUGGCUA